AUGUCAAAUGCAGGGAGGUACAUUGAAAAAAAUAAUGGUCGAACAUUGCCUUUGAGUUCAUGCAACACUUCUCUCGCUCAUUUUUAUCCUUCAAACGCACCUCAAGAUUCUAAAGGUUAUGCAAUUGGAUAUCAAAAUUCUUUAAGACAUACUCUUCAUAAUCAAAAGAAUUUACGAUAUUCUCCAUAUGGUGAAACCUCAAAUCACAAUAAUAACUCUUUAUUAUUCAAUUAUUUCAAUUCUUGUUCAAGGAUUGGUUUGAAGGAUUUUGCUAUAGCAAAUGCAAAUCCUCCUCCAAUUCGUCCUAUUGAAACUAAGGAUUUGAAUUUGUUUUACUCUUCAUCAAUGGAACCUCGUAUGUUUGAUAUUCGAGAAACUCACGCUUGGAAAAAGUCAAUGACUCAAAAUAAAGAGCUUCUUCUUUUCAAGGAUGACAAGAAUAUAAUUCCAGAAAUAAAAAAAGAUGAUGCAAAUGAAAAUGAUGAUGACCAUUUAGAUCUCUCACUUCAUCUUUAG